UUACUGUUGCGGUCGCAGAUGAUAACCGCCAUAAGCUUUCGACAAAUAUAUGAAACCGGGCAAUUGAUCCAACAUGCAGAAAGCUGGGCAAUUGCUGAACUGAGACGUACUGAAGAAAAGUACCUCGUUGACAGGUAAUAAAAGGACAAUCAGAGAUGUGUGCUGCUGUAUAUGUGUUGUCUACGGUGACAGGGUACGUGCUUACCUCAGCAUUGUUACUGAAAUUCCCAACACUUCUGCAUCGUCGAAGGAGGGUGCCAUUCCUUAGCAGGCAUAUAUCCCAUCGCGGAGGGGCUGGAGAAAACCUGGAGAACACCAUGGCUGCCUUCAAACAUGCAGUUGACCUGGGAACUGACAUGCUGGAGUUGGACUGUCACCUGACCAAAGACGGGCAGGUUGUCGUGACACAUGAUGCCCAUCUGGAGAGAAUAACUGGCGUCAGUGCCUACAUCUCUGACAUGUCGUACGCUGAACUGCCUCCUUACCUGUGCAGGCUCGAUGUGUCUUUCCAGAGAGAAUGUGUCUGUGAGGGAGGGGAGGACAAACGCAUUCCUCUCCUCAGGGACGUGUUCGAAGCCUUCCCCAAAACCCCCAUUAACAUUGACAUCAAGGUCGACAACGACACACUCAUCAAAAAGGUCUCAGAGCUUGUUGUGAAGUAUGACAGAGAACACCUGACGGUUUGGGGCAACUCCAGCAACCAGAUUGUGCAGAAGUGUUACAAGGAGAACCCUCGGAUCCCAGUGCUUUUCAGCAUGCCCAGGGUUUUCAUGCUGCUGGGCCUGUUCUACUCUGGCCUCCUGCCCUUUGUGCCCCUGAAGGAGCAGUUCCUAGAGAUCCCCAUGCCCUCCAUCAUUACUAAUCUUCUGAAGGAUCCUGAUAACAUGACCAGGAGCAGGCGUGUCAUUGUCUGGCUGGCCGACACCCUGCUUAUGAGAAAAGCCCUCUUCAAUCACCUGACAGCAAGGGGAAUACAAGUGUAUGUUUGGGUGUUGAAUGAUGAGAAGGAGUUCAAGAGAGCUUUUGACCUGGGAGCCACAGGGGUCAUGACAGACUACCCCACGAAGCUAAGAGACUUCUUGGAGAAGAUUGGCACUUCGAAAUGAGCAGUAGGCCAUUUGACCUGACAAAAUACACUCUUUCUUCAAUGCCACUAAAGCCAACAGACCUGCUGAAAUAACCCUAAGCCUCAGUCCUCCACACGUCUGCAUGCAUUCCAGAUGUUGGGUAUUCGGGGAUGAUGUUGGCUGGUUGAUGCGCUGCUCUACCAAUGAUGAUGACCACUCAAGAGUCCCCCUUUGCUUAUCAUUGUAUGUAGAUGUAUCACUUAUUGAACAUCAGCACAGGCAGCUACGGUUUCUUUGGUCUAUGUCUUACACUUCAUUAUAAUUAACAAUUGCUUUUUACAGGACUUGUGUUUUACAUUAACAUGGCCAGCUAAGAUGUUGAAGUGAUACUCCAGAGAUGUUGUGUGAAUUAUAUGAAUGUUUACAUUUCUUUUGAAAGUAGGCUAAUUGCCAGAUGCUAAUACAUAUUGACUUAUUUGGGUUGCAUUGUUUUGCUUCCAAAGUGGAAUAGAUCAAAUAGAUGCCUUUUAACUGUUUAAGGCAGACAUUUUGUUGGAAUGUUGUGUCAGUAAAGUUUUAAUUUUAGUUGAUUCCAGACAUGAUAUUUGGAUAAGAACAUUAGCCUAUCAAAAAGCCUAUUAUUUCUCUGUUUUCAUUUCAGCAAGAUUGCUAGUGGAUGAGCUCCGGCCAUUCUCUUUAAGGUUGGUUUGAUAUAUGAUAUCUUGUUUUUUAAUGAAUUGGAGGACUUUAGAAGCUGUAUUCAGUAGACUGCAGGAGGAUUCUUCUGGGGCUCAGACAAAUAGUGAAGUUUUGUUGUAAUUGUCAUGAAAAUAAUCCAAAGUAAUAUGUUUCUUAUAUAGUUUUUAAUCCCGAACACUGCAGAUAAUCCAAACAUUUUGUCAAAUCCUACUAACUCCAUUACUAAAGGUGUUAAGUUAUUUUUAGAAUGUUUGUUGGAUUUAGUUUUAGUAGCAAAGUGGCUAAUGUCUUUUUCUGAUUUAUUUUUCACCUAUUGUAUGAAUCAAGUUUUGUUAAUUUUGUACCUUUUCUAUGUUUAAAUAUUGAUUCUGAAAUGGUAUUGAAAUAUAAAAUGUAUUUGUUUGGUUUUGCUGUAAAUACCUUUCUGGAAAGGAAGGCAUACAUUGGUGUAGACAAUGCUUAGUAACUACUUGACUUGAAACCAUGAACCCACUGAAAAGGUAACAGGCGUUUAUUUACUUGGAAAGAUAUUUCCACUAGACAGACCGUCAUGGAAAACGUAUGGCAAUGCCUUACUCUUACUGGCCUUCGAAGUGUUGGAAUGAUUGCGAGCUAAACUAGGGGCUGCCGCCUCUGAUGGUGAUGGUGUGCAAUCUGUAUGUUAAUUGUGUAAUUGUUUGAUAACUGUUCAGGUGUUGUUGAGGGUGUUAUUUUUUUUGCGUAGGGUUUGACAAUUUCUGGGGUAGGUGUAACAAUCCCCGGCUGUACACAUAGAUAUUUAAUACUGGCAGAUUCUACUUUUGCUGCUCACAGUGAAUACUUAGGUUAUUAACCAGUGUUUUCAAGCCCUGAAUGCUGAUUGAUUGGCUGAAUGCUUUUGUAGCAGUGGGCUGUUUACUGUGGGUAUGACAAAAAGGCUUUUGACUUUUAAUUACAUUGGUAACCAUUUUAUGGUUGUUAUAAUAUGAGUAAGGUAUGUCUGGAGUUCCACGCUUAUAUUUGUGCCUUAUUGAUUAUGAAAUAGAUCUGCACAGCCGAUGUCUGACUGUGAUAACCACAUAGAACAACACAACAUAGAAUAAAAAUACAAAAUAAAUAUUUAUUAUGGAGGCCAAGCAUGAUCCUUCCACCCACCGCGGGCCCUGGUGCAGCCUCACCCGCUACUUCCCCCCCUGAUAGCUAUGCCAGUGGUUUGGGGUCAGUGUUCGUAUGGAAGAAAUGUUUGUACUUUAGGAGCCUGUCUCCAUAUACAGAUAGAGGUGGUACCGUGUAAGGACAUUUUAGAAGGGAAUGAUACUCAUGAAAAACGUACAUGUUAGAGCAUGCUUGCUCUAAAAUUACGUUCAUGCUGUUAGGGAUUUUUGUUUUGUUAAUGUUACCUCCUUUCAGUGAAACCACUUUUGUUUGGUUGUCAUAUCUAUUGAAAACACUUAUGUUCGUGUGAUGAGAUUGUAUGAAAUGCAAUGCAAUAACUUUUUGUGACUUGGUAAUGGUUUAUAAAAAAGAUCUGUAAAUCUC